AGCUGAAAAGGACGCAUGCGCAGUGGCACCGCGUUUCGUGGCGAGGGUUUUUCAUCCCUCGGCGGACGCCGUAGGCCUGAGGAGAAGCAUGUUUGUGGGGCUGAAUGAACUCCUCGGGGAGACGGUGGAGAGGCCGGAAAGGGGCAAGCUGACUUUGCUGUGUGCAGACAAGACGGAUGCCAGCUUCCUGGUUCACCACUUCCUCUCCUUUUAUUUGAAAGCAGGUUGCAAAGUCUGCUUCGUGGCGAUCGUGCAGUCCUUCAGUCACUACAGCUUCGUGGCCCAAAAGCUGGGAGUCAGUCUGGCUGCGGCCAAAGAAAAGGGGCAGCUUGUGUUUUUGGAAGGGCUGAAGGCCUCAAAGAGCAUCUUGUUCAGCGAAGGGCAGCAGUCGGAUGAAGCCAAUCCAUUCCAGUUCAUCAGCGGAGACGGCUCCAGCCUGAGAGCCCUCCAUGACUGUGUCCGGGCAGCCCUGAUCCCCGGGGCCGGAGACUCCCGGGGCCCCCCCGUGCUGAUGGUGGACGACCUCGGGGUCCUGCUCAGCCUGGACGUGAGGCUGACCCACAUCCUGGACUUCAUCCACUACUGCAGAGUCACCGUGAACACCCAGCUGAAGGGGAACGUGGUGGUGAUGGUCCACAGCAGCGAGGACUCGGAAGACGAGGAGAACGAGCGGCUGGCAAAGUCCCUCCGGCACCAGAGCCACCGCAUCCUGUGGGCACAGGGCCUGGCCACCGGCUUCUGCAAGGAGGUCCAUGGGGAGUUGACCGUCAUCCAGCGGGGCUCUUGGGAGACGGGAGCCGAGAGCGACCUGCUCCGGGUUUAUCAGUACAAGAUCCAGGACAAGAACGUCUCCUUCUUCGCCAGGGGGAUGUCGGCAGCCGUGCUCUGACUGCAGGGAGGACAAGGCCAUGGGAAUCAAAUGCACGCAGCAUCCAGAGAAAUGCAGAAGGAGAGCAUCAAUGGCGGGAGAGAGAUGGUGCAAGAACAACUGCGGUGUCCUCAGUGUGGUUCUGCCUUGGGGUUCAUUCAAACUCUCCACUCUGAAUCCAAUCCUGUGGAUUGCUUUGGUCUAGGCCCCUGAGAUGGCCAAAACUAAGGCCAGGACUGACCCUGAUCCUGCAAGAGACCAAGGAAACCUAAUUAAAAGCAGCUCAUAAGCCAAGCAGGGACUGCUUUCCUGUGGCCUGGUGGUUCUGGUGCUGGUUCAUGCUUUCUGGUAAACACUACGUUGCUACGGCACUUUGACCCUGUUUUUAGCUGCCAUGGCUCUCUUCUGUGGUAUCUAUAGUUUGGGGAAGGACUGAAAAGUAAUGUCAUGGGUUUUCCAAAAAAUGUAGAAUGAGUAGUUCUCCAAGUGUUUGUAUGGCCAGCCCUUCAUAUCGAUUGGGUCUACACACAUUCAAGUCCCACUGCUCCAAAUAAUAGUAAUAAUAAUAAUGGUAAUGUAUGAUCUUCCUAUCCAUGGGGCCUGCACCCACAAAUUGAAGUAGCACAUCUUAUAAUAAUAGUGAUGAUGAUGAUGAUGAUGAUGAUGAUGAUGAUGUUGUAUAGGAAAGAUGAUAAUAUCGAGGAUAGCUUUGACAGUGUGGUGAGUGAAUUAGAACCAAACAUCCUGAGGAGUGAGGUUGAAUGGGCCUUAAGAGGCAUUGCCAAUAACAAGGCAGCAGGAGACGACGGGAUCCCAGCUGAAGAGAUCAAGCUGAAGAGAUCAAGAGAAGGAGGCGAGACUAUACAGAAGAUCAGUAUAGGAAAGAAAAUAAUAUCAAGGAUAGCUUUGAUGGUGUGGUGAGUGAAUUUGAACCAGACAUCAUGAGGAGCGAGGUUGAAUUGACCUUAAGAAGCAUUGCCAAUAACAAGGCAGCAGGAGACGACGGGAUCCCAGCUGAAGAGAUCAAGCUGAAGAGAUCAAGAGAAGGAGGCGAGACUAUACAGAAGAUCAGUAUAGGAAAGAAAAUAAUAUCAAGGAUAGCUUUGAUGGUGUGGUGAGUGAAUUUGAACCAGACAUCAUGAGGAGCGAGGUUGAAUUGACCUUAAGAAGCAUUGCCAAUAACAAGGCAGCAGGAGAUGACGGGAUCCCAGCUGAGUUGUUUAAAAUCUUGGAAGAUGAUGCUGUCAAGGUGAUGCAUGCCAUAUGCCAGCAAAUAUGGAAGACACAAGAUUGGCCAUCAGAUUGGAAAAAAUCAAUUUAUAUCCCCAUACCAAAAAAGGGAAAUGCUAAAGAAUGCUCAAACUUCUGUACAGUGGCCCUUAUUUCCCAUGCCAGGAAGGGAAUGCUCAAGAUCCUGCAAGGCAGACGCCAGCAAGACAUGGAGCGAGAGCUGCCAGAUGUCCAAGCUGGGUUCAGAAAAGGCAGAGGAACCAGAGACCAAAUUGCCAAUAUCUGGAUGCUGGAUAAUGGAGGAAGCCAGGGAGUUUCAGAAAAACAUCUACUUCUGCUUUAUUGACUAUUUUAAAGCCUUUGACUGUGUGGCUCAUAACAAACUAUGGCAUGUUCUUGGUGGUCUGGGGAGACCAAGUCCCCUUGUCUGUCUCCUGAGGAAUCUGUAUAAAGACCAAGAAGCCACAGUCAGAACAGGUCACGGAACAGGAGACGGGUUCAAGAUUGGGAAAGGAGUGCGGACAUCAGGGCUGGGUCCUCUCACCCUCCCUGUUCAACUUGUGCGCAGAACACAUCAUGCGACAUGCGGGGCUUGAGGAAUCCAAGGCCAGAGUUAAAAUUUCUGGAAGAAACAUGAACAACUUAGGUAUGCAGAUGAUACCACUCUGAUGGCUGAAAGUGAGGAGGAGCUGAGGAACCUUCUCACCAAGGGGGAAAAAAGAAGAAAGCGCAAAAGCUGGGUUGCAGUUAAACAUCAAGAAAACCAAGAUUAUGGUAACCAGACUGAUUGACCACUGGCAAAUGGAGGGAGAAAACGUGGAGGCAGGGACAGACUUUAUAUUCCAGGCGCAAAGAUCACUGCAGAUGUAGACUACAGCCAGGAAAUCAGAAGACGCUUCCUUCUUGGGAGGAGAGCAAUGACCAACCUGGACAAAAUAGUGAAGAGCAGAGACAUCACACUGGCCACGAAGGUCCACAUAGUCAAAGCCAUGGUCUUCCCCAUAGUAACCUAUGGAUGCGAGAGCUGGACCAUAAGGAAGGCUGAGCAAAGGAAGAGAGAUGUUUUUGAAGGAAAAUCCUGAGCGUGCCUUGGACCUUGGCAAGAAGGUCCAACCAGUCCAUCCUCCAGGAAAUAAUGCCCAGUGGCUGCUCACUGGAGGGAAGGAGAUGAGAGGCAAAGAGGAAGUAUUUUGGCCACAUCCUGAGGAGACAGGAAAGCUUGGAAAAGAUCACGAUGCUGGGGAAAAUGGAAGGAAAAAGGAAGAGAGGCCGACCAAGGGCAAGAUGGAUGGACGGGAUCCUUGAAGGGACUGGCUCGACCUUGAAGGAACUCAAGGCGGUGACGGCCGACAGGGAGCUCUGAUGAUGAUGAUUAUGAUGAUGAUGAUGGAAAUCUUCAUCUCCAUGAGGCUUGCAUCCUCAAAUUGAACUACUGCAUCUCAAUAAUAAGGCCCCCCCAAAAGGCCAAAGGAAAUGGAUGCAUCUACACACCCUGUUGUAGCCUCCCAUCAUUUCAUUGCUCCUCAGGCCCCCAUCUACACUGCCGUAUAAUGAAGAUUCUGAACGCAGUAUAACUGCAUUGGGCUGCAUUAUAUGGUAGUGUAGACUCAUAUAAUCUAGUUCAAUGUCAUUACGUUGCAAUAUGAAACAGCAUUACGUGACAGUGCAGAUAGGACCUCGGGUUCUGUCUGGCACUCGUUUGAAUCACAUUUGCCAUUUUAUAUGAGAGGUACCAUUUCACAACAGAGUUGUCUAUAUGGGGAAUUGAGCAUCCAUGGAUGUUGUUAUCUACAAAGGAUCCUGUAACUAAACCCCAAGAGCCCAGUGAAUUUGAGGUCCCUGAGGUGCUCCACUUCACAUUAUUUACACAGAGAUGCUAGAACACAUGGGGAUUCUGACAACCCGAGCAAACUACAGAUCCCAUGAGUCCUAGAGGGCAGACUUGUGGUAGUAAUAUAAUGGUAUUAGUCGGCUAUAAUUAUACAGUGCAGAUGUUCUCCAUAUUAUGGGGGUUGUAGUUCUGGGGUGGGCAGAAUUGUUCUUGUCACUGCUGUUGGAUUACUAUGCAUUCUGCCAUUCAUGUCAAGCCAACCCUGACUUAAUAGUGACCCUAUUAUUGUGUUUUCUUGGCCAUAGUUAUUCAGAGGAGGCUUCCUUCGAGACCGAGAGGGUGUGACCUGCCCAAGGCUUCCCAUGGGCACAGCUACACAGUUGAAUUAAUGCAGCUUGACACCAUUUUAAGAGCCAAGACUCAAUGCUACGGCCUCACGGGAGCAUUAAUUAAAUAUGCAAUGUAGAUGCAUCCGUGGAAACCCCACGGCUGAGCAGGGAUUGAACCCAAGUCUCCAACCGACACUCAGAUUAUUCCAACACUGUUGUGACUCAGCUGGAGUCUCAGAGUGACUCUGAUGGGGAUGAUGGGAUUCAGGUUCCAGAUGUUCAAGAUGAUGGGAAUUAUGGGAUUCUGCUGUGAGAGAUGAGGGGCAGGGAAUGGUGUUGAUGAUACUGGAGUUGACACCGAAGCUAGCCAGGUGCAAAGGGAGGAUAGCUCCCAGUUAGAUAGCAUGCAGACAGAGGUUGCUGCUAACGAGCUGUCUGGCCUUGAUGAAACGGUAUCUCUGGAUCGAGCUGGCCGUUUGGAAUUUCGGGUUCGCAGGAGUGUCAGAAUACCAAACAAGAAAGUGGUCAUAGGCCAAAGAAAUGCAUUCAUGCUAGGCAGGGAAUAUUAAAGGGUGUGCUGAGAGAGAAAUCUUUGUUUGAGUUAGAAGCAGCCCUUGCUUUCUUGGAUUAUCCCGCAGUUUUGUGUAUUCAAGUUCAUGGGACUAUGUCAUGUAUUAAUGGAACCUUGUUUUAUGCCUAACGUUUCCUUGGAUUAUUCUUUAUAGCCUUGGUUUUGCAACAAUCUUUUGGUUUUUGUUGUUGUCCUUUGAUGUUUUAUAUUUUGUCAUUGCUUGUAUUUUGAUUUCGCUGUAAGCCGCCCCGAGUCCCCUUCGGGGGAGAUGGAGGCGGGAUAUAAAUAAACUUCUUCUUCUUCUUCUU